CGGGCGCGGGCGCGCUUGAGAGCGGUCUAAGGCGGCACUGGAGGGAGCUCGGCGAUGGGGAGCGGCGGUGUGGUCCACUGUAGGUGUGCCAAGUGUUUCUGUUAUCCCACUAAACGGAAAAUCAAAAGAAGACCCAGGAACGUAACCAUCUUGAGUCUCCCAGAAGAUGUACUCUUUCAUAUCCUAAAAUGGCUUUCUGUUGGGGACAUCCUUGCUGUCCGAGCUGUCCACUCCCACCUCAAGUACCUGGUGGACAACCAUGCCAGCGUGUGGGCAUCUGCCAGCUUCCAAGAGCUGUGGCCUUCUCCGCAGAACCUGAAGCUCUUUGAAAGGGCUGCUGAAAAGGGAAAUUUUGAAGCUGCUGUGAAGUUGGGGAUUGCCUACCUCUACAAUGAAGGCCUGUCUGUGUCGGACGAGGCCUGCGCGGAAGUGAACGGCCUGAAGGCCUCUCGCUUCUUCAGUAUGGCUGAGAGACUGAAUACGGGCUCUGAGCCCUUCAUCUGGCUCUUCAUCCGCCCACCGUGGUCAGUGUCCGGAAGCUGCUGCAAGGCUGUGGUUCAUGACAGCCUCCGGGCGGAGUGUCAGUUACAGAGAAGUCAUAAAGCUUCCAUACUACACUGCUUGGGAAGGGUGCUAAAUCUUUUUGAGGACGAAGAGAAAAGGAAGCAGGCUCAUAGCCUUCUGGAAGAGUCUUCUCGUCAGGGAUGCUUGAUCAGCUCAUACCUCCUGUGGGAAAGUGACCGAAAGAUGGAUAUGUCCGACCCCGGACGAUGCCUCCACAGCUUCCGGAAACUCAGGGACUAUGCUACGAAAGGCUGCUGGGACGCACAGCUGGCACUGGCCAAAGCCUAUGCAGGUGGAAGCCAGCUUGGACUGGAAGGGAAGGCCUGCAGUGAGUCGGUCUGCCAGCUCUUCCAGGCCUCCCAGGCCGUCAACAAGCAGCAGAUCUUCUCUGUGCAGAAGGGGCUCAGUGACACCAUGAGGUACAUUCUAAUCGACUGGUUGGUAGAAGUUGCCACAAUGAAGGACUUUACAAGCCUAUGUCUUCACCUGACUGUGGAGUGUGUAGACCGGUACCUGCGAAGGAGGCUGGUCCCCAGAUACAAACUCCAGCUCCUGGGCAUUGCCUGCAUGGUCAUCUGUACCCGGUUCAUCAGCAAAGAGAUUCUGACGAUUAGAGAGGCUGUGUGGCUCACAGACAACACGUAUAAAUACGAGGACUUGGUACGCGUGAUGGGAGAGAUCAUCUCCGCCCUGGAAGGGAAGAUUCGGAUCCCUACCGUGGUUGACUAUAAAGAGGUCCUGCUGACACUGGUCCCUGUCGCACCCAGAACCCAGCACCUGUGCAGCUUCCUCUGUGAACUCACCCUGCUGCACACCAGCCUGUCCAUCUAUGCCCCAGCCCGCCUGGCCUCUGCGGCCCUGCUCCUGGCCAGACUCAUGCAUGGGCAGACACAGCCCUGGACCACUCAGCUGUGGGACCUCACUGGGUUCUCCUAUAGUGACCUUGUACCCUGUGUCCUGAGCCUUCAUAAGAAGUGUUUCCAUGAUGAUGCGCCCAAAGACUACAGACAAGUCUCUCUGACAGCCGUGAAGCAGCGGUUUGAGGAUAAGUGCUAUGAGGAAAUCAGUCAGGAAGAGGUGCUGAGCUAUGCUGACUUGUGCAAUGCAUUAGGAGUGAAGCAGGAAAGCCCCGAGCCCCCAUCUUUCCCUAGCACAGGGGAGAUCCACACCUUCCUCAGCUCACCCUCCGGGAGGAGGAGCAAACGGAAGCGUGAGAACAGCCUUCAGGAGGACAGAGGCAGCUUUGUCACCACACCCACCGCAGAGCUAUCGAACCAGGAGGAGACAUUGCUAGGCAGCCUUCUGGACUGGAGCCUGGACUGUUGCUCUGGCUAUGAGGGAGACCAGGAGAGCGAAGGCGAGAAGGAGGGUGAUGUCACAGCUCCCAGCAGACUCCUUGAUGUCACUGUGGUCUACCUGAACCCAGAAGAACAUUGCUGCCAGGAGUCCAGUGAUGAGGAGGCCUGGCCAGAGGACAUGAGCCACCCAGCAGCAGGCCCCCAGGCACCUCCAGCCCCAGCUCCCAGGCCCCUUCUCUGCAGUAGGGGAGAUCCGGGCAAGGACGUUACGACCUCAGGGUACUCCUCUGUUAGCAGCUCCAGUCCCAUAAGCUCCCUGGAUGGUGGCAUGGAGGGCUCUCCCCAAUCUACCUCAGUGCUCUCUGUGGGCAGCCACUCAAGCACAAAGCCUUGCCACCAUCAGGCCAAGAAGUCAUGUUUACAGUGUCGUCCCCCAAAUUCCCCAGAGAGCGGUGUUCACCAGCAACCGGUAAAGCGCCAAAACCUAUCUGUACACAGUGACGAGGACACGAACCUGGGCUUCCUGAAGCUCUGAGUGUGUUAGCCUUCACUGUGGUGAAUGUUUACUGAGGGAGGGCUGCUGUUUCUCUAGGACACUGCCUAUGGGUACUGUGCAGAUCCUUAGGGGAGUUCAGUGCAAGCUGUCGGGACAGUGAGCUCAGUGAAAAGCUCAGCUUCUUCUGUAGGACAGCAGCCACCCAGCUGUCAUGCCUGCCUGUGAAACUCAUCCCUCAUCUUCUGUGUCCUGCUGUCCCGGGAGCAUGAGCCUCUGUGUCCUGCUGUCCUGGGAGCAUGAGCCUCUGUGUCCUGCUGUCCUGGGAGCAUGAGCUUCUAUGUCCUGCUGUCCUGGGAGCAUGAGCCUCCUUGGAAUACCAGCGGCCCAGGUGGCUUGACACAGUUCAAACCCUUGCUGGCAAGUCUUGUAUUAGGCCAGUGAGGAGCUCUCAAGUGAAGACAGCACUCUAUUCCCACACACACACCCCUUCGGCCUGGGAGCCUGCGUCCCUGCAUAUCAGUGUUGACUAUAGCCUAAUGGUGUAUGAGGCCCUUAAAGCUGGGGUUGUGGGCAUCCCUGUCCCUCCCAGAGUGGUUUGUCUGUGUCCCGUUGUAUCCAUGUGACCGUAUUUCUGCACUGAAUUUCUAGGCCAUUCUUUGCCCGUCUAUAUUUCUACAUUUCUUCUAAUGGGGAAAAAGAAGGAAGCAUUUGAAAUAGAGGUUAUUAAAUAAAGAUAACAUCCCCAAUAUUACUGUGCUUCAACUGAAAAAAAGAGAAAAUCUAGUCCCAGGAGUCCCAACGGGCAGAAGGACCUCAGAAACGGAAACUGAUACCCCCGCCCCUUGGUUCUAGCCAUAUGUUCUUUACUUGUGAAAAAUGAAUCUUUCUAGAGGAUGACCAUAAUCAAUCACUUGUGAUACCCAAGUCCACAGAGACGCAAGAGAGUGAGAAUUCAGAAGAGUUGCUGGUUUUGUGGCUGGAUUCCGUGGGAAGAAACCAGAAGGGGCUGGUCCCUUUGUGCUGGUCAUCGAAUGCUUUGCCUCCUGGUUUAUGAGGCAGGGGUGUUCAACACCUGGGAAGUUUGCUGAAGCCUGAGCAGAUAUGCUGACCCUGCCAAGUGUACCUCUGUCUCCUCUCGAAGAAAGUACCAGGAGUGCCCCGGAUACCCUUGAACCACAAGCACAGACAAACUCAUUAGCUCUGCUUUCUGUUCCAUCCCAAUGGCAGCUCUUUUUUACUACUGUUAGAAGCAUUCUGACCGCCCUGCCAAGGCAUUUGGAUUGUCCCGCACCUCUGAGUGUUCACCUGGGAUGUGUCGGCCUCCUCCCAUGAGGGGCCAGUAAUACCUCCCUCACAGGAAUGCCAUGAGGAUUGGAUGCAUGAGUGGUGAUGACCCCUUUCCUGCCUUCCGCCUUGUUCCCCAUGGCUCCCUGUAAGAGUACUUGUCACCUGUGGAGGGGACCUGGGUUUGCUUCCUAGCACCCACAUGAUGGUUCACAGUCACCUUAAAUUCUACUUGGAAGGUAUCUCACCUCUGUGGCCACCAGGUCUACAUGUGGCACACAUAAACAUAUAUGGUCCACACACACAAUAAGAUCUCAGCCCACCUCCUGCCUGCACCUGUAGGAAACAUGACUCCAGGCACACACCUGGGUCCCUCUGACUUCUAUGAGGUGUUAGUCUCCACAGGUCUUAAGUUGCCCUGGGCUACUGGAGGCCCAGUGUAAGUAGGAGUGCCCAUCUUCUGUCCCAAAUACGGCAAUGGGACUGCCUAGAUCUCAGUCCCUUUCCCAUUUGAUGCUGGGCUGACAGCUUUCUUGCUCAUUUUGUACCUAAACAACCAGGGUUACCUUACUUCUUGGGCUCUAGAACUACUAAUUUAUAUCUCCAGUUCUGCUGGGCACUGCUCCCUGUCAUUUCUUUCAGCAGCCAAGCACAUUUUUCACUAGAAACAAAUCGAGAAGCUGUGUCUAGCAGCAGGCGUCUAAGAGAUGGGAGAAGGAGGCUGCAGAGACGGCUCGUAUUUGUAGCAUUUGCUGCUUGACCAGAGGACCUGGAUUCAGAUCCACAGACCCAUAUGGUGGCUCUCAACCAUCCAUAAGAACAGUUUCAGAAGAUCCAGUUCCCUCUUCAGGCCUCCCUGGACACUAGGCAUUCAAGUUGUACGUUGACAUAGAAGUGUUUUAAUUUAGAAAUAUUGAGAUGGAGACAGGAAGGUCAUGAGUUGAAGGUCAUCAGCUACAUAGUGAAUUGAAGGCCAGCUGAGACUACAUGAGAUUGCACAAACAAUCUGACUUG